CCAAUUCCAAUUCCAAUUCCAAUUCCAAUUCCAACAUCCCACCAAACCUAGGUACCUAAACUAAAGUACCUAGGUAGAUAACUCACCCUACCUAGAGCUCUAAAGAAGUGCGACAUGCCGCGGGAUCCUUUGAUCGGCCUUGUAGGCAAGCCUUCUGCUGGCAAGAGCACGACUCUAAACAGCUUAACCGAUGCGACAUCCAAAGUUGGAAACUAUCCUUUUACCACGAUCGAUCCACAACGAGCCAUAGGCUAUCUCCAAAUAGCAUGCGCUUGCGAGCGUUUUGGCGUACAGGAUAAAUGUAAACCUAACUAUGGAUCGUGUGUUGAAGGCCGCCGUUCCGUACCGAUCGAGCUUCUCGACGUAGCUGGUCUUGUUCCCGGCGCGCAUCAGGGCAGAGGUCUCGGCAACAAGUUCUUAGACGACCUCCGGCAUGCGGAUGCUCUGAUCCAUGUUGUCGAUGCGAGUGGAAGGACGAAUGCCGAGGGCGAGAAUACGCGAGGAUAUGACCCCUCGCAGGAUAUCGCCUGGUUGCGCGGUGAGAUUGUCGCCUGGAUUAAAGGGAACCUGUGGGAGAAAUGGGGCUCUAUCAAGAGGCGACAUGUUGCUGUUAAAGCUACUGCUGUUGAGACCCUACAGGGGCAGUUCUCGGGUUACGGAAGUACGGCGGCAGUAGUAGCACGCACCCUAGACCGCCUUAACCUGAAAGAACCGCUAGAGAACUGGACCGAGGAGACAGUAGACCGUGUCGUCAGCGCAUUUACCGACGAGAAGUUCCCUACAGUAAUCGCCUUAAACAAAAUUGACGACCCUGAUGCCUAUAAGAACCUCAUGAAGAUCACUAAGGUGCAGGAUCCCAAUACGGUGGUUGCUUGUUCCGCCAAAGCCGAGCUGUUCCUACGAAAGAUGGCCAAACAAGGCUACAUAAGGUAUACAGAGGGGACGGAGUUCGUAGAUACACGCGAAGACCUAAUAGCCGACGGCGACCCGGACGGAGGGGGUCUAAAGGAGUUGGAUGAUAAGAAUAAGAGCAUUAUUGAGGAGUAUAGAGAUUUGAUUUUAUUCCGAUAUGGCUCCACUGGCGUCGUCCAGGUUCUUUCGAAGGCGGCGGAAAUACUGGGCCUCGUCCCCGUCUUCCCGGUACGAAAUGUCUCGACUUUUGGCUCCGGUUCGGACACGAAAGCCGUGUUCCGAGAUUGCGUCCUCGUGAAGAAGAACUCGACAGUUGGUGAAGUCGCGAGAAAAGUUAUGGGCGACGCGCCAAUUGCCUAUAUAGAAGGUGUGGGAGGCGUGCGAGUAUCAGAAGAUGCUAUCGUGUCCGCGGGCAAAAACGAUGUCUUAUCGUUUAAGAUAGGUCGAGCGUGAUAAAUGACGUCGCUUGAUUGAACAUAUGUAUCUUAUAGUGUUUUUUAUAGAAACCUUCAAGGUUCAUUGUCACAUGAAACCAUUUAAUCAGUAUGUCAUUACUAUAGUAUCACAGCUUUUUCAUAACUUUGGCAUGUAUAGAUUAUUCUCUGGAGAGGGUAUAUUCAAACACCCGAUGCUCAUUACGCGCGGUUAUUGUUGGUACUCUUCUGGAUACAAAGCGUUCCGGAACCAGAAGCAACUCGUAUCGAGGGAUUUCUGCGAAAAAAAUUUUUCUUCUUUUCAUCACCGCAUCGACAUUUUAGAGAAAAGAGAAAGAGAUAUUUCAGCGGG